AUGACACGACAGCUAUGCCUUGCUGCAUUGACAUUGUUACUGUUGCACUUUGUGGUAUCUCAGGAAUUGCUUCAGCGUCAAGAGAGGCGAGCACGUCAACAGAAAGCUUUGAAGCAAAUACCAGGCUGUGACUGGCAGUUGUCAGAAUGUAACCCCAAAAAGGGUAGGUGUGGGAAAGGGUUCCAAACAGCCACCCUUACUGGAUCAGGGUGUCCCUCCAAGACCAAAAAGGUACGAUGCAAAAUUCCGUGUCGGGAGGAAGUUCGUGGACCAAUCACAGGCCUGUCUCCGAGUGAGGCUGGUCUGAGGGGAGAAGCUGUCAGCUCAAGUGUUUCAACCAUUAACAGCAACAACAAGAACAGGAAGAAUAAAGACCAAAAAUGCCGGUACAGUAAAGGUGACUGGAGCCCAUGCAACCCUGAAACACAGAAAAUAACGCGAACGCUCACACUGAAACGCGGGGAUGCCAGUGUUUGCCCGCCAACUAAAGAAAUUGUUAAGAAGUGUAGAAAAGAAUGUAAGUAUGGAAAGGGAGCAUGGUCAGAGUGUAACCCUAUCACGGGUUACAAGACCCGGACAGCAACCCUGAAGAAGGGCGACACCAGUAAGUGUAAGCCCACCAAAACAGUGAGUCGGCGCUGUAAGAAAGGCAAGCAGGGCAAGAAGAAGAGGAAGAACAAGGUUGGAAGAGCCAAAGGCUGUAAGUACACCCGUGCUGAUUGGUCUGAGUGUGAUGUGGCCACAAACUCACGUACCAGAGUGCUGACAUUAAGGAAGGGUGACCCCAACAGAUGUCAGCCCACCAUCACUAUUAAGAGGAAGUGCAAGAAAGCAUGCAAAUACACCCGUGGUGAUUGGUCGCCCUGUAACCCGGUCACAAACCAGAGGUUACGCACGCUUACGCUACGGAAAGGGGAUUCAACCACGUGCGAAAUUACAAAAGUUGUGACCAGGAAAUGCAAAAAACCAUGUCGUUACACUCGUGGUCAGUGGUCUGAGUGUGAUGCGGACACGUUGAUGAAGACACGGGUUGACCAGCUGAAGACGGAUAACAGUGAAACAGUGUGUGACCAGACAAGGAAAGUGACCAAGCCUUGUAAAAUCAAGGACAAGUCCAAGUGUAAGUAUGAUAUAAAACCCUGGAGUGAGUGUGACCCUGUAACUAAGGAGAGAACGCGGGAAAAAGUACUGUUACAGGGUGGGGCCACAUGCCAGGCUACAAAAACCAUACGCCGCUCGUGUAGGAAAAAUAAUGGGGAAGAACGAUGCUUUUUUGGACCCUGGGGCGAAUUUAAUGAGUGUAGGAAUGGAGUUAAGACAAAGAUUAGAUCAGUUAUCAGUGGCCCAGAUGUUUGCCAGAGAAAAGCUGUUAAAAUGAGACCAUGCAAGAGUAGGAAUGCUAAUUAAGUAUCUAGGAUGGAAAAAAAAUUUUUUUAGAACAAAAUCUUUGUGUUUUACAUGAGUAGUUGAGCUAGACUUUAAUUUCGUUUUAAUUUCCAAAUUCUGUUUUAAAACAUGAAACUGUUUAAAACUGUGCAGUCUUUGUAUAGGAAUAUCUGUUUAUACUCUUUGUCUGAUAAUUUGUGAAUGGAAAUCCAAGGUUGACAACUGUAUACAUAUACCUGCGAUUGUACUUUUGUGGAAGUUUUUAAAACAUUAAAUAAAAAAUUGAAUUGUGAAAAGAAGUUUUUAAUGAUCUACAGUGAUUUUUCUGAUAACUACAGUGUAUGUGUAUGAUAUACAAUGUUGUACUUUAAUAUUGUUUAUUUGUCGUUUUGUCAGAAUGUUAAUGUUUGGUAUGAACAGUUAACCAUAAUGUUAACUGAGAACAAAGCAUGCAUUGCACAGUCCCACUCGCAUUUAAACAUACGGAGUUUGCCUUUAACACCGCAAUCAUAACGUGAAUCAUCAACUUGGUUUCUUCACGGGUUUAAUCUUUGCACAGGCAAGAAGAACUAUGAGGAAAAACUUCAAGUGAGAUCGGUCCUUUGAUUUUGUUCUUGAAUGAACGAGUAUACAGUAGUUAAAUAUAAAGACAUGGUUACAACUGCAUACUGUUCUGACUUUUGUCACUUUUUUCUUAAGACAUUGGUAAGACUUAUUAUGCACGUACUAUCAAGCAGUAUUUGAUAAAGAUGUCCAUCACAACUUAUAUGCUGGGGUGUUGUGAGAUUUGAUAAUUUACAUGGUAGUUUUUUUGAUAAUCUCAUAACUUUGUUAUUCACUUGUAAAACUCACCUUCCUAAGGAUCCUCAUAUUCAUUUGGAAAUAGUAUUCAAUGUAGGUCAUCCAUGGUUGGUACGAUACUUUAAAUAAUAACUUACCUCCCUUUUCAGAAUCUUCACAGUGUUGAUAAACUUGUCUCAGUCAUUCACUGCAAUCAAUGUAAUACCUACCACUUUGAGAGCUGUUUUAUUAAGCUUUUAAGAGUAAUCUAGUGAUCUACCUAGCUCUUGUGCCGUAAGAAAAGUAUUUACAUUUUGGUUUUGCCAAAUAUUUCCUUAAAGCAAGACAUGACGAUCAUUUCUGCCUUUACUUGGUAUAGUGUACUUUGUCUUGGAAAUAGAAAACUCUCUUUUCAUAGAUAGCUGUUUAUUUUCUCAUGGUCUUCAGAACUUUUCUUUUUAGGUUUUUGUGGACUUUUUUUGAUUGUUUGUUUUCUGAAUAUCUUCAGAACUUUUCAUGUUUUUACUUUUUUUUUCACUUUUUUUUAUUAGGAUGUAACAAGUUACAUAAUUUUGAACCUCUACAGCUUUUUUUCUGAAUUUCCUGAAGUAUUAAGCCUGUAUAUUUUAUAUAAUGGGAAUGAUUUGAUGCCAAUUUUUUUUGUUAUACUUCAUACAUUUUCAGUGUAUAGAGACACCAUUUACACACUGUGUAUAGACAUUUACACACAGGUGUAUAGACAAACUUUAAGGUGUAAAAGUACACUUCCAGUCUUGUUACCCAUAUAUGAUUUGAAAAGGAUGUGCUAUCACUGUAGGCUACAAAGAUAAUAAAUAACAUGAAGCAUCAACAGUAUUAUUGAUUUUUAAUUCUUUUGAAAACUGUGUUAAGAAGUGGAAGUAUAUUUGUUAUGUAGCAUUUAGAAAAAUGCUAUGGGAUGAACAUGUUAGUUGUUUGUUAGAAUUAGGUGCUUAUUUCAUGCCUAUGUCUUGGAAAACUUAAUUUUUUUCAGUGUUCUUGAUUUGGAGAUCUCCAAAAACAAAUACAGACUGGUUAUAGAAAGUUAUGAUUGGCUUGCCAAGAUAUCCACUUACCCAGUGCCGUGUCUGCACUCUUUGUAAAUGAAGGCUAUUGAAAGGUAAUGAACUGUUUGAAGCCUAUUUAGAGUGUGCUAAUGGUGGGUUUUACGUUACUUUUUAUCUCGAUUGGUGACUUAUGUAUGAAACUUACAAAGCAACCAAGACUUUCUGCCCUAAGAAUGGAGCGUUUUAUAGAUCUGACUUUUCGAUGUUAAAUGUAAACCUAUAGUGUCCAGGUAUUUACCAGAUUUGAGCAUGCCCAAGAUUGUUCAGUCAUGUACACAAGUUACCUCCCUUCAUGGGGAAUCGCUGUACUCUGUUAGGACUGAGUGUAUCUGGUCUAAGACGAACCUCAAGAAUUCCUUGUGUUCACUGGACAGGAUUAUCUGUGAUCAGGUCUAGUGCGUAACAAUCAAUCAACCCAAUUGAUUUCCGCAAAGAUGGACGGCGCCAUUGAGAGCGUGGUUUCUUAUCUAUUUGUACACAGGUUCUGUUUUUUUUUUGUUUUUUU